CGGCUGCGUGGCCGGGGAGGAAGGCUUCCCUGACAAAGCCUCUUCCUCUUCCUCCUCUCCCCGCCAGGCAAGGCCAUGGUCUGCUUCGGGAACAUGUUCAUCGAGCUCCCAAAAGCACAGACCAAGGAGAUGCUGCAGAAGGACCAGGAACACCUGGAUGAGGAGAUAAACAACCUCCGGAAAGAGCUGCGCGUGAAGGUCAACCGCCUCUUCGAAGCUCAAGGUAAAACUGAGCUGAAGGGAUUUAACCUGAACCCCAUGACCGCUGAGGAAAUGAAGUUAAUCAAUCGCAUCCUGGAGGGCUGAGGUGGCCGUGCCAUCGUCACGGCGCGUGUUCGGGCUGUCACCCGUGGAGCUCACACUGCAAUAGCCGCAGCCUUCGGGGUUUGCAGGACAUCGGCGUGGCCGGAGCCCACCUUGGGUGAGGUCCCUGGCAGGCACUGAGAAGCCUUUGGCUCCUCGGCUACGAUGCUGCAGUUUCCUCGGAUCACGAACCCUUCCUGCUCCUCGCUGCAGCCCGGGUGGCGGAGCUGCGCCGAGGCACGGGCUGGGACACAGCGCUGGGCAAAUGCCUGUGGCCGGGGUGGAAGUGGGAUUAUUAAAAUCGGAGCAGCGGGG